CGCUGCAUUUUAAAGACCAUUUCGGAUAUUUCUAGCACAGCGCAAACCCAGGCGCGUGUGGUUAAAAGCAGUUUCGGCUGAUUUUCUUCUCACGCUGAUUUAGAGCGGUCGCUGGUACAAAAUGCUGUCGGUACAUGAGUGAAUGCUAAUAAGCGCUUUAUCUAAUAUUUACGAAACUAAAAGCAGGAUUCAUGACCAGCGUGCUUGCAUGUAAUUUCAGAAGCACGUUUCUUAAUCUAAUUGUUCUUUGACUAUAUGCGUCUAUGUAUCACGCUCAUUACUGUAAGAAGUUGUCUUUGUUUACAUCAUUAUGAAUGAAUGAUGUCUAUUUCAAAUUCCAAUUGCAGUUCACCAACACCGCCUGUAGAGCAUACCAUACACGGUUUUUUCCUCUGUAAUAUGUUGUAGUAUUUCUCAGUCCCCAUAAUCUACACAAUAAACACUUUAAGUAUCUGAAUACGAAACAUUUUCAAUGACAUAUCUUCAAUGCGAUUGUAUGACAUUAAGUCUAAACACACUAAGCAAGGGACAUGGGAGCUGGGUAACGGUUUCGUAGUAGGGGUGUUGUAGAAUUUUUGUGCGCGAAUUGGUGUUUCAUUAUCACAGACAUUCUGCGCGAGGUUGCACUAUAAUACGGUAGAGAAACAAUGGCGUCUGUAGUUCAGACGAGCAAAUCGUACGCACGUAUACACUACUUUACGGUACAUGCUUUUUAAUGUCCGUGUACUAGUUACUUUACGGCAGAGAAUAAUAUGGUCGCCUCAUGUGUCAGUAUUCGCCACUGAGCGCUGCGUUUCAAUACAGUCUAGAAUUUUCCAGAUAUUGCUAUCUUUAAAUAACAGGAUCACGUACAGUCACUGUAGUGUACCUUUAUUCACAGGAGCGAUUUGAGUGUGGUUGCGCCGUACUUAGGGGACAAUGGCAGAGGGCAGUGGCCAGAGACAGCAUCCUCGCAACUUGCAAGGCAUCCUGCGCAUGGCUGUAGAAGCGGGCUCCGCUUCUGAUGGACCAGCCCCCCAGCAGCCCAUGUCAGAGGAAAGGAAAGCAUGGCUGAGGGAAGCUCUCGCUGACAUCUGUAAGGGGCAGCAAGAUGAGGUGGAGCAAAUGAAGCAGUGUCUGUCUGUCCUGCGGAGAACCACAGCACAGGAAUCACAGGAGCAUGAAGAGGAGGAGGAGGAAGAGGAGGAGGAAACAGAGGGGGCACUGGAGCUGCUUUCAGAACUGUGUGAGAACCUGGAUAACGCUAGAGACUUGAUGGUGCUGGGUGGCCUGGAUCUGUGUGUGUCUCAGUGCUUGUCACAUGCCCAGGGUGGGAUCAGGUGGAGGGCCGCUCAGCUUUUAGCUUCCUGUGCCCAGAACAUGCCCGAGGUGCAGUGCUACUUACUCCACCGGGGCACCUUGUCAACGCUGCUGCAGCUCAUAGACUGUGACCCCCACCCUACCGUGAAAGUGAAGGCGCUGUACGCUGUGUCCUGUCUGGUCCGGGAACAGGAAGAAGGCCUGCGUGUCUUCCUAUCACACGACGGCUUCUCUGUGCUGAUGAGAGGGAUGCAGUCAGACAGCGAGAAGCUGAGGACCAAGUCUGCAUUCCUGCUGCUGAACCUGCUGAGCGCGCACCCAGAGCACAGAGAUGCGGUCCUCUCCAUGGGCAUGGUGCAGCAGCUGGUGUCAGUCCUGCGGUCUCCACACUCCUCUUUCCACGAGCAUGUACUGGGCGUGCUGUGCUGCCUGGUGGAUGGGUGCGACCGGGGGGUGAGCGAUUGCCGGGACCCUGCUCUUGGCCUGGAGGAGCUGCUGAAGCACAGAGCAAUGGAGCUGAAGGGCAAAGAGGAAAGCCAGGAGGAGCUGGCUUACUGCGAGUGUCUGCAGGCGGCCUGCUUCCGGCACCUGUCUGCUGACAACGGCAUGGACCGCUGAGAGCCGCCUUGUGCAGCCCUGUCAGUGCGGAGCUGGGCUUCGCGUUCGUGAUGCAAACUUAACAACCAACCAGCAAGGGAGUGUGAGAUGGUCCAGCAGAACAGACCCAACACAGCAGCUGAAGUCCUCUUUGCCACUUUAUUAGGCAGACAAACAGAUACUCAUGCAAUUUUGCUCAAGUGACUAUCCGCUUUUCAUUUAAGCCUCUGAUGAGUUACACACGACUUACUGACAACAGGGAUAACAUGGAAUCUCUGUUUUCAUAUAUACACUGAUAUUUCAAUAAAGUUUGUUCACAAUG